AUGCUCUUUGUAUUCGGGGACACCUUUGUGGACCCGGCCGGCAACCUUGCACCGACGUCGGAGAAGAGCAAGGCGUCUCGUCAGUGGUUCUACCCCUACGGCCGCUCAGACUCUGCUCAUCACAACAAUCCAACCGGCCGAGUCUCCGAUGGACUCGUGCAAUCUGAUUUCCUAGGCUCCAAGGACGACGUGGACGCAUCUGGCGUCAACUUCGCAACGGCCGGGGCCAGCGCGUACGAUAGCCUCUCGAGGCAGAUUGAUAAGCUGAGCAGGCUUGUGACGCGCGGAACCAUCGAGGAUCGGGACCUCGACGACUCGAUCGGGGUUGCACUCAUCGCCUUCAACGGCGCCGGCGACUAUGCAAGCGUCACCGUAUCCACCAGCUCCGACCAGGUAAUGGCCUUGAGCGACAAGGUGACGGAUGCCAUUGCUGACGGCGUGAAGAGGGCGUGUUGCACCGGCACCCAUGAACGGGAUGCUGACGGCGGCUACUGUGGACGUGAGGACGCCAGUGGCACACCUCAGUACACUCUAUGCUCAAACCCUCAGGAUUUCUUCUACUGGGAUUACAUGCACCCCACACAGGCCGGCUGGAACGCCGUCAUGGACCGCCUCCAGGGAUCCAUCCAUGAUUUCUUACGCAACUAG